AUGAUGGCAACCUUUCAUUUUUCCGAAGUUCUGCUAUUUCUUUGCAUUUUUUAUGUGGCUUGUUAUGCAAUUGUUGGUUUAUACAACAUCACAUUUCAUCCUCUUGCUAAGAUUCCCGGACCCAAGUUACGUGGUGCCUUUUACUUUCCAACCUACUGGGAGAUUUGGACAGGUGACGGGGUGGCAAAUGUCAAGAAGCUACAUGAUCUUUACGGAAAUACUGUUCGAAUAUCUCCCGCAACAGUAUCUUUCAACAAUUCUGAAGCUUGGCAAGAAAUCUAUGGCCAGCGUCAUGGAAAAAAGCCUAUCCCAAAAGAUAAGGAAAUAUAUUUCUCUGGAAAUGACGGGGUUGCAGACAUCAUCUCAUCCAACGACGUAGACCACGCUCGUAUCAGACGAGCACUAAGCCACGCCUUCUCGGAAGCUUCUCUUCGCGAACAAGAGCCUCUAAUGAACGUGUACUUUGACCUUCUUAUCCAGAAACUCUACGAGCAAAUCGACAGUCCCUCGAAUGGCAAAGUGAACAUUGUCCGAUUCUUCAACUUCACAACAUUCGAUUUGAUCGGCGAUCUAUGCUUUGCUGAAUCUUUCAAUGCUCUCCGCACCCAAGAAUACAAUUCUUGGAUUGCCAAUAUCUUCAAGGGUCUCAAGUUCGCACGUCUAUUCCGCGUCAUGCGUGCGUAUCCCCUGGUUGGAAUGCCCAUUUUGUCUUUGUUAACGCUGUUUCCUGCACUGCAGAAGGCGAGACAGAGACACAUACAAUACACGCAAGAUAAGAUUGCUCGUCGUCUAGACACCGUUACCGAUAGACGUGAUUUUAUGAGUUAUAUUCUUCGUCACAACGACGAGAAAGGGAUGACGAGAGCGGAGAUUAUGAAGACUACUGGUACGCUCAUUAUAGCUGGGAGUGAAACCACAGCUACGCUACUUAGUGGCGCUAUCUUUCAUCUUCUGAAGAACCCUUCGUGUAUGGCAUCUCUUGUCCAAGAGAUCCGUUCGUCGUUUGAAGAGUCCGCCAAUAUAACAUUUGUAAAACUUGCUAAUCUGCGUUAUCUAAAUGCCUGUCUACAAGAAGCCUUUCGCAUCUACCCCCCAGUUCCAGGAGUGCUGCCCCGAAGAACACAACCCGGUGGUGUUGUUAUUAAUGGUCACUUUAUCCCCGAAGACGUAUCAGUCGAUGUCCACCAAUGGAGUGCCUAUCAUUCUGCUACCAAUUUCGCACUUCCAGAUCAAUUUUUACCGGAAAGAUGGCUCGAUGAUAAAGUUUCGGAUCCACAUUUUGCGUCGGACAAGCGUGGUGUAGUACAACCGUUUUCCGUGGGACCUAGAAAUUGCUUGGGACAGCAUCUUGCAAUGUCAGAGAUGCGGGCCAUUCUCGCGCGUAUCCUGUGGCAUUUCGACAUAAAUUUAUGCGAGGAAAGCCGCAAUUGGGAUGAGCAGAAGGUUUUCAUCUUGUGGGAGAAACCGGAUUUGAUGGUUACCGUCAAGGCGCGGGAACGAUGA